GUGUGAUGGUAAUAUUUCUAAAUAUAACAAAUGGUUCAAGAGGCGAAUACAACUCAACAUUUCUCGCUAGAAGAAGUUUCCAGACACAAUGGCAAAAUCGAAAAAGCCGUAUGGUUGGUAAUUAAGGGUAGCUUGUAUGAUGUGUCAGACUACUUAGACAAGCAUCCUGGUGGCAGAGAUAUAAUAGAAGAACAUGCAGGAAAAGAUGCUACCAAACAUUUUUUUAACAUCGGGCAUUCUAGCGAAGCCAUGAAUUAUUUGAAGGCUUUCAAAAUAGGUGAAGUCGCGGAGGAGAAACUGGACAGCAAACAACACCAUAAUGUGAAGAAUGAUAAGAAGCCCAAGCAGAGUUUCCUGUCCCUAGUAACCUGUGGGCUUAUGAGCUGAGGAAGCCACACAACAUUGAAGUUCAAAAGACACGCUUUUGUAACGCUUAUUUAUAAGUCAUGAAUUGUAACUGUAAUUGUAACUAAUCGAAUGCUGUAUGUAAAU